UUUAAUGAUGACGGUAUCUAGUGAUGAUGAAGCUAUGGCUGAGAUAAGACACCUAAUGGUAAGGAAGGAUGCCAUAGAGAAGGAGAUAGAUCAGAUUUGGGCAGUAUUCAAUUCAUCAUCUGCCUACCAACAGGUUGGUCGUAAUGGUAGCCUCCUUGACAGUGAAGGCUUCCCGAGGGGUGAUAUAGACCAUUACCUCAUAACCUCUAGUCGUCAGAGAUUAACACGACUCGAGAAUGACCUAAAGGAGGUGAUGAAUUCAUUGGAGAAGGGACUAGAAAGCCUUCACCAGAUAGCUCGAGAUACUGGAACUAUCACCAAGGGGGAGCGGUCAAACAAUACUUCGAAUGGUGUAUCCUCUUCCCGAAGGCAUAUCAAUGUACCAAAUGAUGGAGUGAUAAUGACAUCAGAUCAUCCUUUUGCAUGUGUUAGCGAGGUGGCUCCAGGAUCACCAGCAGCUGAGGCAGGCCUUCUAGAUGGUGAUCGAAUAGUCGACUUCGGUGGUGCUAAGAGGCUUGGUGACCUCCCUUCUAGAGUUCAAACAGCAGCUUCUUCGGACUCAUCAUUAUUCGUGGAGAUACAGCGUCCUACAUUGGAUGGUUUUAGAAUUGUUAAAGUGGAGUUAAGACCACGUGAAUGGUCAGGUCGUGGUUUACUUGGCUGUUUGGUUACUCCAUUAUAGACCAUAUUAUUAUUCUUAAUAUCCUCAGAGUUACUUCCC